GGUUCUAUAUAGCAAGCACUCCCUUUGUCUCUAAAACAGUUACAUCACGCCAAGAUUCUCUCGGUAAUAAUUUAAAUCAAUCAUAAACUGAGUUGGACGUCUGGUGACCAAAAUUAUGUUUUUUUAGCUAAAAACUCAAAUGCUAUGGUAAAAUUUUUUUAUCAGCGAAUUAGAUUAUUCUUUUUUAAUAAGUUUAUAAUUGUUGCGGAUAAUUGUUUAUAUGUAAUAUUAGUAUUAUGCCUCAAAUUGAAAUGGUACAAAAAAUAUGAGUUGACCUCAUAUAACCUUAAUCCUGUAAAUCAUCCUUUUUUGCCAUUGAAAACUGAACACAACAUACUAGUAGGGAUGUUUCAUCUUUAAUCCUGUGUGACCAUAUAUGUAUUUGGAAGUCAUCGACACUGAAGCAAAAACAAGUUUUCAGAGAUUUGGUAAAAGUGUGCUUUACUAUUUAAAUUUUAGGACCAAAAUUUGUAAUAUAACUCCUUAAAAUUAUAGCUUACCAUAACCUAAGAUGGCCUCAAGAAACCGUGUAUCUUGCGGACUAGAUAUUGAAUUUACUGAAGAUCUUGAAGAAUCUAUAGAGAAUUCUAGUAGAAAUGGCUAUGACUUUAUAUGUGCGAAUGUUGUCAGACAAGGCUGCACACCAUUUGAAACAGCGAAUCUAUGUGAUAAACUUGGUGGUGUUACAGACACAUCAUUUUUAUUCAAUUCACAAGAAUGGGCUUCCCUUGUCGUUGGCAAACUUUCUUAUUUUCCUGAUUUGACAUCUGUUGUAACAGAGAAGCGUAUUUGUGCGGAAGAAGCUGUAAAACAAGAGCUUCAUUUUGUUGCUUUUUUGAGCUUACCUGCGAUUAUUGUUGAAAUCAAGAGCAAAAAUUGUUCAAAUAUUGCCAGAAUGAUAAACACCUUUUUAUAUGAAGGUCAUCAUAAUGUCCACAUAUGGGUUAAAGUCCCUUUACACUCCAGAAAUUGUGAGGAGGAUACAUGGCACUGGUGGAACAAAUUUCGAACCUUAUGCAGCCAUCACAGUAGGAUUGGAUUAGCAUUAGAAUUAACUGCAGACUUACCAAGUCAGUUGGAAAGAUGGCAAGGUGAACCUAUUCGUGUGGUUUAUAUUCCAACCUCUGUUUUUCUGAUGAAUCAAAAAGGAUUUCCUGUUUUGUCCCGUGCUCAUCAGCAAUUUGUUAAAAAUCUCAUGAAGUUGAAUUGUCAAAUUGUAUUGUCUGGUCCUAACUUGAAUAAUGCAGAAGGAAUCCUAGUGUAUCAUCAAUACUUGGAUCAUUUAUUCCAAGGUGCUCAAAAUCUAGGGGAAUAUGAAAAAUUUUCAAAAGGUUAUGAAGAUCAUUUGCAAGCACCACUCCAGCCGCUCAUGGAUAAUUUGGAAUCGUCAACCUAUGAAAUCUUCGAAAGAGAUCCUAUCAAAUAUAAAAAGUACGAGGAAGCAGUGUAUCGUUGCUUGCUUGACCAAAUUCCUGAUUCCGCAAAAGAACAGCAAACAGCUGUUAUCAUGGUGCUUGGUGCGGGUCGCGGCCCUCUCGUUAGAAUGUCACUCAGAGGUGCUAAAAGAGCUCAAAGAAAAGUUCGUCUUUAUGCAGUAGAAAAAAACAGAAAUGCUGCUGUACUUUUGCAACAUUUGUGCACGACAGAGUGGAAAGACUAUGAUGUCACUGUAGUUUCAUCUGAUAUGAGGUUUUGGAACGCUCCUGAGCUAGCUGAUAUUGUUGUUUCAGAGUUGCUAGGAUCAUUGGGUGACAAUGAAUUGUCACCGGAGUGCUUAGACGGGGCAAAUCGCUUCUUAAAACCAGAUGCAGUCAGUAUCCCACAGUCAUACACUUCUUACAUAUCUCCUAUCUCAUCUCAUAAACUUUACAAUGAGAUAAAAGGUGUGAUGGGUCUGGAUAAAAAUAAGACACCCGAAGCUGCUUUUGAAACUUUGUAUGUGGUUCGUAUUCAUAAUUAUCAUGAACUUACUGAACCAGUUCCGUUGUUCACAUUCAAUCAUCCAAACUGGGAUUUGGAUAGUCAAAAUCCUAAACCAGAGUUCCAUGCCGACGUUUCCGCAGAAGUUUGGGACAAGAAGUUCAGCAAAAAAGAUGUGAAGGAUAAAGAGGACAUGGAAACGAAUGGGAAAACUGAAGUUAAUCAGAUUCAAGAUAGUCAACACAAUCACAUUGAUCCAACUAAGGAUAACAAUCAAAUCAAAUCAACUCCGACAAUGCCAACAAAUAGUCACAACACAAGAUAUCAACAAUUUUCUUGCACGAUUCCUUUUGACACCAUGCUGCAUGGAUUUGGUGGUUAUUUCAGAUGCGCAUUGUACAAAGAUGUUGAAAUCAGUAUCGAACCGAAAACACAUUCACCGGGAAUGUUCAGUUGGUUUCCAAUUUUCGUUCCCUUGAUGAAUCCAAUCCCUCUUACCGAAGGUUGUACAUUACAGACUGAUUUUUGGCGUUGUUCCAAUGGAAAAAAGGUUUGGUAUGAAUGGUGUGUCACUUCUCCACAAGCAAGUCAAAUACACAACCCGAAUGGUAGAUCUUAUACCAUCGGGCUAUGAUGUUAAAUUUUCUGAAAAUUCAUUUCUUGAAAAUGACUGUGACCUGAGGCAUGCUUAUUAUUAUCCAAUGACUGAAUGAUUAAUUCCAAACAUGUAAAAGUUAUGUUUUCAUGCCUGUUUAAAAUGGGUCUCUCUGUACUAUUAUUAUUUUGGAUUAUAUAAUUACAUGGUCUCCAUAUAAACAUUCAAUCAUUGCUGUUUUAAUUUAUGUUACCAAAUCCAAUCACUUGCCAUAUACAAGCCACAAGGAUGCAUGGACCAUCGAUAUUUUAUGAAAUGCAUUAUGAUUAAGGGGAGAGCAUGUUCCUCAUUUAUGUUCACUUGUUUGAUAUUAGAAAAUUCAUUUCUAACAUAUGGUUAAAUUUGUCUCAAGUGUGUGGGGAAACUAAACGAAGAAUAUCUACCUACCAUGUUAAUCCAUCUUUAAGUGUUGUGAGUUUUAAGAUAAAUAUUUGAAGGCAGUGUCAAAUUUAAUGACAGUUUUCAGCUUCAUUACUUUUUCGUACUCUAUUUUUUUUAUAGAUGUCACUUAGCAAUGGUUUGCAUAAGAUUUUGUGACCUAAUGGAGAUGGGCAGUACAGUGCAGGACCUAAGCACUUUAGACUUUGGUGCUCUAUAUAUAAAAUAUAAUAUUAAUCUAGUGUCCCAUGUUAUCUGAAAUUGAAUGAGUUUCAGUAAGGAUGUUUUCACAUAAUCAAUUUCUUUGUUUAUUUCCUUAACAAUGACUAAUCGGCAAUGAGUU